AUGAACAUCUCAAGCGGCGAGUGCGUGGGGGGGUUUGCCUUGCGCUCGGAGCUCGGGCUGCAAUGAACACAGCACUCCAAAGCUGCUCAUGAGCAUGUAACAGGACUGCAGUUCACGGGAUAUUCAUGAGCGAACACUGCGGCAGGCAUUCAGCAGGUAAAAAGGUUAACAAUGCACUGACCAAUAGGAUCACAAGACCUGCCACAAUUGUCAAGAGAUGAAUGUUAUCGUCUGAAGGACUGGGCAGAUGACCUUUUUGGGGAUGUGCAGAUGAACUAAAGCAAUCCUUCAUUCUGAUUGAAGAUUCCAGCUGCAUUCAUGAAGCAUAAUUGUUAUUGGUUUGUGGCCAGUUUGAUUGGCUGAGAUUUUCUGGAGCUCUGUGAGCAGUUCUUUAAAUGGUCAUGGCAAAAACAAGCGACUCCCUUAAUCUGUCCUUCCUCCUGGAGCACGAAAGACAGAUGAUCUUGAGUGUUCUCCAGAAAGAUGAGAAACUCCGCAAACGAGAGGAGAAACGCAUCAGGAAGUUGAAAAAUGAACUUCUGGAGCUGAAGCGAUCCGGGCGGCGUAGUUCUGCUGAUCAGCGAGAGUGUGCCGUAUGUCUGCGUGCUCUGGGUCUCAUCCUGCAGAGGGGCAAUGUGUGCACCAACUGUCAUCGGCGCAUCUGCAACUUCUGCACUGCUACACCUCCAGGCAGCAACUGCAAAUGCAACGUGUGUGCGAAGACAGCGGAGCUGAAGGUGGUUACAGGAGAGUGGUUUCUGGAAGAGAGAUCCAAGAGGUUUCAACAUGCCAGCAUUCCCAGCAGUGAUGUAGUCAAGCAGUCAAUCCUCAGCAGUCCUCCAGAUGGAGGCUCUGCUCACAGAUCAUCAGAGAUGGAGAGAUCGUCUACGCCACAGUCUGAGAGAUCAGCUACGCCCCAAUCCCAGAAAAACAUAGGGAAGAACAGGAAAGGGAAGAGAGCGGUGGCAGUGGAAUCUUCAGGGUUACCAACAGUACCCAAUAACAUGAGAGCACAAAUGGUCAAAACACCAACCCAGACGGAGGCAAGAAACAGGCCGGAUGGGGCAGAGAGCGUGUCUAGUAUACAAAGCAGUGACAGCAUCCCUGAAAAGAUGGCGGAUGGGCGGAGACAACCAGAUUCUAGCACACCCUCUAUCGCCGUAUCCAGAGCCUCCCUCUCAUCAGAUCGCAGUCGCUCUGAGGUGGACCUCAGUAAUCCUGGUGAGGGAUUCAGUGAAGACCCUCUGAUUAGUCGAUGCCGCUCAGUUCCAGGCCUGAACGAUGUGGACUCAGAUGAGGACAUUGAUGCGGUGUUAUCAGCACACUAUAAAACCAACCGGAGCAUCUGCAGUGCGCAAUCAAUGUCUUCCACACCUGCCUCGGAAAGAAAGUGGGGUUUCCUUAAUGUACCUGACUCAGAUGCUGACACUACCAGCAUCAACAGUAUGAUGAGCGUGUACAGUGAGACAGGGGACUAUGGCAACGUGCGGGUUUCCGGGGAGAUCCUGCUCAACAUCUCUUACAGCUAUAAAACAGGGGCACUCAACGUGCUCGUCCGCGAGUGCCGCUGCCUAGCAACCGGGGAUGAGAGGAGACAGCGCACGGAUGCCUAUGUUAAAACAUAUCUCCUGCCAGACAAGUCCCGUCAAAGCAAGAGGAAAACCAGCAUCAAAACCAAUACCACUAACCCAGUGUUCAAUGAAAACCUGAGGUACGUGGUCAGUCACUCUCAGCUGGAGACACGCACAUUGCAGGUUUCUGUUUGGCAUCAUGAUCGUUUUGGACACAACAACUUCCUGGGAGAGACGGAGCUGACCUUUGACUCCUGGGAGUUUGACACGCAGAUAGAGGAGUGGUUCGCUCUACAGCCCCGGAGCGAGUCUUAUGUGGACUCAGUGAUGCACUACAAAGGGGAACUGACGGUUGUUUUGAAGUACAUUCCUGCAGAGAGAAAUGUCUCCUUGCCUCUGGACCAAGUGCAAGUUAAAAAGGGAUUUCUAAAAGGAAAGAAGAAGACCAUCACUCUUCCUAAAGGAGGAAUGGUGGAGCUGCUGGUUAAGGAGGCAAAAAACCUGACAGCUGUCAAAGGAGGGUCCUCUGACCCGUUUGUCAAAGGGUACCUGCUGCCUGAUGACAAGAAAAGCACAAAGCACAAGACCGCCGUGGUGAAGCGCACUGUAAAUCCACGCUGGAAUCACACCUUUACAUACUGUGGCCUGCAGCACAGCGAUUUGGACAGCGUGUGUCUGGAGCUGACAGUGUGGGACAGAGAACCGUUAGCCAGUAACGUCUUCCUGGGUGGUGUGCGGCUCGGGGCAGGGACAGGUCUGAGUUAUGGGAAAGAAGUAGAUUGGAACGAUGCCUAUGGGGAGGAGCAGCGACUAUGGCAACGUAUGAUCGACAACCCAGAGGUCCCGCAAGAGUGCACACUAAUGCUGCGAUCCAGCAUGGCCAAGAGGAAGGCAUAGAGAGAAAAAAGAGAAAGUUUCCCUGGCAAUACUCAUCAAAUCUGAUCACCUCUAAGCAUUUUAAAGUGCUCUUUAUGUUCUUUGGCAGUACUCACACUACCCAGAUUCUCAUUCCACAUGCAUAUGUACUCUAAAUUCUCAAAAUCAUACAUAUAUACACAUAUGCGUCUCUAAGAUCCUAUUUACACCUGGUAUUAAGAUCCAUCUUGGCUGAGACAGAUGUUUCAUAAAUGUUUAACUUGGGAUUGGAUUUUAAAAAGAAACUCUGAUUUUAUGACUACAUACAUCAUUUAUGUCAGUGCAGUACUGCAUGUUGAUUAAGCACAAAAAAUUAAAAAAGGGAAGAGCCAAAAAAAAUAGUACAAAGACUCCCCCAAGUAUAUUUAAAUUUUAAUCUAAGCACAGACAUCAAGUUUCAAGCUGCAUUCACAAUUAUUUUAGUCACGUACUAUAUUAAGCGGCCUUUAGAAGUUUUAAUUGGAUGGUUUAAAUUGGACGGUUAAGUUUAAAGCUACAUGGAACUAGCAGAGUUUACUUUUCUGCCGCAAAGGAUGAUGAGCAGUGACCUGUCUUCAUUUAGCACUGGCUGCUUGUGACUGAACAGCUGAGAUGAAUCUCAUACCAGGUGUAAAUGGUGCAACACAACACACUUCAACCCUGGUGUGAUUAUAUUUUAAACCAAACGCUUAUUGGUCAUAACUGUGAACAGCACAUGUGGACUACUUCAAAAGAGCACACUGAACAUUAUCAACAAUCAGAGGUCAAAUUUGUCCUGAAAGAACAAAGCACAAAGCACUUCCUCCAAAAACACACACGCACAAAAAGAAAAAAUAAAUCCAAUUUGCACAGAUCCAAUUAACACUUGCACACAUGAGAACAAUGUACUGGAUGUGAUCAAUUCUGUGAGCACACUUAUAUAGACAUGCACAAAAGAUGUUAUGAAAAUUACGUCAGAUCUGUUACAUUCACAUCAAUUUGACUAAAGAGAGACUGAUGCUGACUGUUAAGUUUCAUAGCUAGUUUUACCACAGUUUUAAUGUAAAAACAAAUGUGUGGUGUAAAAAGAGAAUAUCUGGGGUCAAUGUGAUUCAUUACAUUGAAUUAGAUUUACAGUUCCUUCAAGAAACUCCAGUGUCUUUGGUAAAAUGAUAGUCGUAAACAAAUGUAGAGUAGAUAAAGUAGGAAGAUUACAUUUCUAUGAGACACAAGCAUGCAAAUAUUACAUUAUCAUUGCAAUGAGGUAGAUUCCCUCUUCUAUCACACAGAUAUCAUCCUACUCCAAAGGAAACAAAAUAUAUUAAUAAUAUAUAAUAAUUGAAACCAAAAAUACAAAGAUAAUCUAAGACUAAAAUUAUCCAUAAAAAUGUAAGUGAAUUUAUAGCAGAAAAGUGAAUAGAAAUAGAAAAAAAGAUUGUAAUAGAGAAAAGGAUCAUAAAAACACAUACAUACAUAUGCACACACAUUGCACAACACCUGGAGCCCCUAUAUUGAGAGAUUAAUAGUUAAAGGGAUAGUUCACUAAAAAAAAAAAAUUGUCAUUAAUCACUCACCCUGAUGUCGUUCCAAACCCGUAAGACCUUCGUUUAUCUUUG